CCCAUGUCCUCAACUAGCCUCGCUUCGCUUUCUCUGGUCCCGGUGUGGUUUGACCCUCUGCGGCUCCAGUAGCAUCUCUUCCGGUGGACAAACGUUGUGUUAGCGGUUUAAGUGAAGGUCGUGAGUCCAACCUUGAUCCACCAUGUCUCUGCCAAAGCCUUUGAUGAGGGGGAUGCUGGCAAAGCGUCUGAAGUUUCACCUGCCCAUCUCUUUCGCGCUGGCUCUGGGGGCUGCGAUAAUGUUCAAGUACACAGUGACAGAGCCCAGGAAACAGGCCUACGCUGAUUUCUACAAAACCUACGACUCAGUCAAGGAGUUCAACGCCAUGAGGGAGGCUGGCAUCUUCGAGAGUGUGCGGCCCUCAGGAGAGUGAAACCUCUCUCUAGUUCCCCGUCAAUGGUUCCUGGUCCGAGGAUGAAGUUCCUUCUCUUUGAUGUAAUUUACUGAUCAGAUGUGAACUUCACUUUUCUGUUUUGUUCCUCUCAAUAAACUAUUCUAUUAAUGUAAAA